UUAUGAUGCAAGGAAAGGACCAAGGUGGCCCAGGCCUCAGUCAGAUGAACUCAGUCUGCAGCAACCACGAGCAUUCACAUUGUUUAAAAACCAAACAAAGCAGAAAAAAGCCAGGGAAACAGUCUUGGAGAAAUGAAGUCUAAAGGAUCAAACUUAGCUCCUGAGUAGAAGCGAAAACCCACCGUGCUCCCAUUAAAAUGACUUCUCAGCGGCCAUUCCCGGCAGAUGACUUCCGGGUCUACUGUGUCCUGUGAGCCUCUAUGUACUGUGCCUUCGUAGCGCGGAGUGUGCAGAUUAUGACUCCCUGCCAGAGUCUGAGACCCAGCCACACUUCCAGGGCGUGACAGGACUGCGGAACCUGGGCAACACCUGCUACAUGAACGCCAUCCUGCAGUGUCUGUGCAGUAUCUCUCCGCUGGUGGAGUACUUCCUCUCCGGAAAGUACAUCACCGCUCUUCAGAAGGACUGCAGUGAUGUCACCACCGCCUUUGCCUACCUGAUGACAGAUAUGUGGCUUGGGGACUCAGAGUGUGUCUCACCAGAGAUAUUUCUGUCGGCUCUUGGCAGUCUUUACCCAGCUUUUCUGAAAAAGACACAGCAAGAUGCACAGGAGUUCCUGAUUUACGUCCUCAAUGAGCUUCAUGAAGCUUUGAAAAAGCACUGCCAGAGAAGAGCACAUGAGAAAAGAUCUGCCCAACGAUGCUGCAGGAAGGUGAUGGCCAGCGAGACGUCCAUCAUCACCCGGCUGUUUGAAGGACAACUCAGUUACAGCAUCACAUGUUUAAAGUGUGAGAACUGCACCUACAGGAACGAAGUUUUCACCGUCCUCUCCCUCCCCAUCCCAUCCGAGUGUGAAUGCUCCCUUCAGGACUGUCUCCAGUGUUUUUUCCAACAAGACACAUUGACCUGGAACAACCAAAUCCAUUGUUCUUUUUGUGAAAUCAAGCAAGAAACAGCUGUGAGGUCCACUAUUUCCAAAGCACCAAAAAUAAUUGUUUUUCACUUAAAAAGGUUUGACAUCCAGGGUACAGUAAAGAGGAAGCUGAGGACAGACGUCCGUUACCCACUCAUGAACUUGGACCUCACGCCUUACAUCUGUCCAAUUUUCCGGAAACAUCCUAAGUACAACCUCUGUGCAGUGGUGAACCACUUUGGUGAUCUGGAUGGUGGCCAUUACACUGCCUUCUGCAAGAAUGCAGUAACUCAGGCCUGGUACAGCUUUGAUGAUACCCGAGUCAGUGAGAUUCCAGACACUUCAGUUCAAACGGCCACAGCCUAUCUUCUGUUCUACAGCUGCCAGCCCUUUUCUAUCCCGAUACAGACACGCAAGAGCUAGGACAGCGCUCCCGAUCACUGCAAACAAGCCAUCAGAAAAUGCAGGGAAAUGUGCUUUGUCAAUUAAAUCUUUACCACCUACUUCCAUCACUAAGGUCUGUAAGUCUCACAGACAGCCUCUAUUAGACAAGUCUGCAGCAUAAGGAGAUAGGUCCCUGCUCGCUAAGGGCACAUGGAAGCCAUGCACUGCCAUCACUAAGGGCGGCAUGGAAGCCACGCACUGCCAUCACUAAGGGUGGCAUGGAAGCCAUGCACUGCCAUCACUAAGGGCACACAGAAGCCAUGCACUGCCAUCGCUAAGGGUGGCAUGGAAGCCAUGCACUGCCAUCGCUAAGGGUGGCAUGGAAGCCAUGCACUGCCAUCACUGAGGGCACACGGAAGCCAUGCACUGCCAUCACUGAGGGCACACGGAAGCCAUGCACUGCCAUCACUGAGGGCACACGGAAGCCAUGCACUGCCAUCACUGAGGGCACACGGAAGCCAUGCACUGCCAUCACAGGGGCCCAGGAACUGCAGGUUUCAAAGGUCAAUGAUUCAUGCCCCGGGUUUCUAUCACACUUAUUUUGUCCUGUGUGGAUGUGGAAGUUCAUUCUCUUUUCCACUGUGUGGGUCCUGGGGAUUGAACUUGGGUCCUCGCUGAGCCAUCUAACCAGCCCAGCACCAAUAAUUUUUGUUUACACAGGUGAGUGCAUAGCUCAGUGGGGGGAUGUUUCCUCAGCGUCACUAGCACAGGGGAAAAGUUCAGUGCAAAAGUGACCCGAAGGGCUGCAGAUGGCCUAGUGGCUCAUCACAGCUCUUGCUGCUAGCAGAGGACCUGGGUUCAGUUGUUAGCACCCAUAAGGUGUACACACACACACACCCCCCACUAAUACAUAUAAAUCUUAAGGACUUGAAACCCAUGCUCCAACCUUCCCCCUGUAAGUUAAAUAACUGCUCUCAGAAUCUUUGUUUAGAAGAGACUCUGACAACAAUAUGGACUGCUGCACUGCCCCUGGCUGCCUUCCAGAGCUGGAAGGUUAAGAUCCUAUUGCUGAGGACACCACAUACUUCAGAUACAGGACUUGAAGGACUCGAGCUGGAACCGACCUGGAAGCCUGCCCUUGAGGACUAGCUCUCGUAGUAUCCCAGCAUGCUAUGUAUGCUGCCAAGAGAGGAAAGCAAUCAGUAGUCAGAGUCAGCCAGGACACCUAUAAACCACAAUGGCCAACAAGGCAGGAAACCCAGCAGGUACGAUGGUGGCACCUGUAUCAUGCGGACAGCCAAUAGCUGUCUAAUUGGACUAACCGGAUUUAAACUGUUCAAUAGGAGGGAAUCCAUGCCUGGUAAACUGAGUCGACUACCUAUAACUGGUGAGGUGAUGGGCCCUAGGGGAGAACCUCCUCCUGCCAGUGUAAUUGCCAACUUCAUCCUGAGUCCUAGCCACAGGAAGUGCAGCUCCCAACUUCAUCCUGAGUCCUACUAUCCACAGGAAGUGCAGCUCCCAACUUCAUCCUGAGUCGUCCUAUCCACAGGAAGUGCAGCUCCCAACUUCAUCCUGAGUCCUACUAUCCACAGGAAGUGCAGCUCCCAACUUCAUCCUGAGUCCUACUAUCCACAGGAAGUGCAGCUCUCCACUCCCAUCAAAGAAGCUUUUGGCGGCAGAUGGAGACAUCACAGAGGUGAUGACUAAUCAUAAUGAGAACAACUGACCAAGUGAUGCCUGGCCCCAGAAGACACACCUACACCACAACUUCUACAUCUGUGGCUCAGGGAACAUCUGGGAGGGGGGCAGGGCAUCUGCUAUGAGACAGUACCUUUGUAUAUGACCCAUAAAAUCUCACAAGGAGACUUGCACAGAGACACUACCAGCUGACGUGCCAGCAUAGAUGGGGAUAAUCUUACAAGGUCCCAUCCCUAGAUGAAGAGCUACAGGCAAUUAAAGCUACUUAAGAAUGGAAAAAUCGCCUAGCGGAGAUGGUGCACACCUUUAAUCCCAGCACUCAGGAGGCAGAGCCAGGCUGAUCUCUGAGUUUGAGGCCAGCUUGGUCUACAGAGUGAGAUCCAGGACAAGUGCCAAGACUACAUGGAGAAACC